UAUAUCUUAUAGGCUAAGCACAACGUAGCAGAUAAGUAACAAUGGUAUAAUACAAACUGUUUCUAAUGAUGACCAUUGAAAAUAUCGUACAAUACUGUAAUGUUAAGCUCAAAAGUACAUGUACUGUUUUAGAAAUUGGCACUGCAAUUCUAGAAUACCAGAAAUUUGGCAGAUCCGUGCGAAUGAAAGGUGAACUCGUGCCAGUCGGAACGAUGCGUAGUAUUCAAGAAAUACUUAAUGACGACGAAUGUAUCUCAGUCAGUAUUGUUAUGGCAGUGUCUAAACAACUUGCUGAUUAUCUACGUCUUCUACAUUCGUCUUUCAUUGCCAUCGACCAGAUAUGUGCUACAAACAUUUAUAUUAAGGUGUAUGAAGGAAAGAUAAACAGACCAAUUGUUGUAAUCGACGCAAAAGCAUCGAUAGCUGUCGAUGAAAAAGCUCUGCAAGAAAAUAUCCGCCAGUUUGGUAACCUUCUCCGAAAACUUGUUUCAAAAUGUGAAAAAACAGGUGCGGAAAUGAGCGGUAUACUAUGUAUACAGGAUAGGAAACCGAAACAAAAAGCAGACUCUUAGUAACAGAUUGCGUUCUUAAAAUAUGUUAUAUAAAAAGGGGAGCAAAAUAAAUAUAAAUCUUGUUUUCUCUUAUUUGAACAUAUAACUGUUACACAUGUAGUAUUAAUGCAUUCAGUAUGUUUUUUUAUGAUAUCAUCAAUAUUUUGUAUGUUUAAAAUCGUUAUACAUGUAUAAGCACAAUUUCUGCUAUUUAUUUGAACAUAGUUUGUCAAUAUUGUAAUAGCAUUUUUAUUUAUUUAUUAUUUAUUUUUUUUAUUUAUUAUUUAUUUUAUUUAUGCGUAAUGUGUGAAAAAGAAACAGUCACUGUGGUGUUAAACGUGUGUCAUAUGUUCGUAAUUUAAGAAAUGUUUCAUUAAAUGCAUUCAUGUUGUCGAUGAUGUAAGUAAACUUUAAUUACUUAAAUGGCCUUUUUUGUUGUUGUUUUUUAUUGUUGUGAUCUAUAAUUGUUUUGAUGCUCUAAUUACAUGUUCUUUCAUGAGAUUUCGGAUGUUACUUGAAACAUUUAAAUCCCGUUUGUCAUUAAAUGUGUUGCAUGUUUUACUAGACUAAGUGUUGUUUUCCAUUAUUGUUGAUGAAAUGUUUGGUAAAGGAUCGGUGGCAUGGUGGUAAAGGUUUUUAAUCGCCUCGCAGGAAUCAUAAUGCUGUGUCCAAUGGGCAUAAGUAUUCGUUGGUUAAAGGAGACGGAAUCGGGAGCAGAAAAGAUAGGAAUCAUGUUUUCAUCAUCGAACUGACCAUAGAUAUUUUAAGUCCCAUGUUGUGAAAACUUUUGAUUACAGAAAGUGUGACUUUAACUCAUUGUAACAAUACGCUAAAACUAAAUAUAUAUUAAUAUAUAAUUGUUGUUGAUUUGAUUAUCAAAAAGAUUGAAUUUGUAGUAAGAGAAUUGACAUUUGUUUUUUAAAUAUAUAUUUUGUGUAAUUGUUGUUUUUUCAAUAGUUCAUGUAUUUUUGAAUGAUUUUAAAUUAUAGUCAUUUGUAUUAAAGUUUAUUAAAUAAAGAAAUGUACUCUCAUUUACUAAUUUAUAAUAGGAUAUUGUAUUAUGUUAAGUGUACGUAUUCAUCUUUUUAAGAUAUAUGUAAUAAGGUCCUAGAUCAGACCACUUUUCAAUCAUGAUGGCUCUAUCAAAAGUAUGUAAGAAGGCUGUCGUCUUCGUCUAUGUGUUUGGUACAUUGUAAUUAAUGAUAUCAAGUCUUUAUUCGAUGGAAAUUAAAUGCACUGGAAGCUUGGUCGUUAAUGAAGUGAGAAGCUGUUUCCCGAAGGAUCGAUCUUCCUGUUUUCGAUCAUUUCUAAUAUAAAAAUAAAUAUUGAAAAUAUAAAAGUGUAGACAAUUUAUUAAUACUAGUGCUGUUGGUUUCAAUUACCAUACAUUGCAAUCCAAUUUUAAAAAAUGUAUAUAUUUUAAGUUUAUAUUUUAAUUGGUUUUUUUUAUUGUUUUGUUUUACUGUAUCGGUUAUUCUUUAUAGUUGAUAAAUCACAUUUGUGUAUGGUUUUUGAUAAUAAUUGAUUCGAUUCAACAAGUUAGACAAUUCCAAAUUCAUAACUAGCUCAUGUGACGUAUUUGCUAUUCCAUAUUAAGUCAAAUAUUCUUAGAGUUGAAUGUUUUUGAAACUUUUUGUUGACUGAACUUGAACUAUAUCGUGGCUGUAAUAUUUAUGUACUUUUGUCAUUUAUUUUGAUCUUAUAGCUGAAAGAUAUCCUCUGUACUGAUUUUCUUGGCUAUAAUUCUUACAAACUAUGUUAAGAACGUAUAAACAAACAUUACAAAACUGUGUAUAUCUAUGUAUUAAUUUGGUCAUAUUUUUCAUUAAA